AAGAUAAUGUGAUGUAAUAAAAACACUGUAGGUGAAGACAAACUGUUCCAGCUUAUCCUCUCUUAUUGAUACCCUCAUUGCUUCACAUUUAUUAACUUUUCAACUAACUCCAGUUUUUGCUCUAGAUUUUUUUUUAAUUUUUUUGUGUCUGGAACAUUCUUUAAGCCUCUCUCACUAUAAAUCCCUGAACUCUUUUGCUGCUACUCUCAUUUUUAGCUGUUAAAUAAAACCCAAAAUGGCGAAACGUUUAGAUCUUUCUCUGGUUCUCUUUGUUCUGUAUGUGUCCACUGCAGCAAUAGCAAUGGCAAGAAACCUUGGAGAGGAAACUAAUGAAGAUACAGAGUUCAUUAAAGCCUCUUGUGAGACAGCAACGUACCCGGAACUAUGUUUUGAGUCUCUGUCUUCAUACGCAAGCGAGAUCAAGAAACGACCACUUCAGCUCGCCGAGACAGCGCUUGUCGUCAGCAUGGCACGAGCAAAAUCAGCCAAAAACUAUAUCUCCGACAUGACUGACUUCAAAGGAAUCACAAAGAGGCAGCACGAGGCUGUGUUGGACUGUGUUGAAGAGAUGGGAGAUACGGUUGAUAGGUUGGGCAAGUCGUUGAAGGAGUUGAAGAAUCUGGAGGAUGGAGAAAGCAAAGAAGACUUCUGGUUCUGUUUGAGUAAUGUCAGGACGUGGACAAGUGCGGCGUUGACGGAUGAGACCACGUGUCUUGAUGGGUUUGGGGGGAAAGGCAUGGAUGGGGAGCUGAAAAGCUUGGUCAGAGCACACAUUGUGCGUGUGGCGCAAGAUACGAGUAAUGCCUUGGCUUUGAUCAAUGGCUUUGCUUCCAAGCAUUGAAAAAUAUUGCAAAGGUUUUGGUCUUUGGGGACUUGAGUGUUGUAAUUUUGGAUUUGGUAUUGUGUUUUCAAGAAUGGUGUGUUUGGUUUGGUUCUUGAGUCGUAUCAUUUUCUCUUGCCACAUUGUUAUAUCAUCUACGGUCUAUAUAGUUUGAAGCUGUUUAUUUUGAUGUUUGAUAUUAUAUAGUUUUGUAAGCCAUGAUGAGUAUUUUGCAC